UUGAAACUUGCCGACAAAAAGACGAUGAAAUAGGGCUGUGUAAAAGUGAUACCUAGACUAAAAAAGAAUUUACUAUUUGUAAAGUAGACGCAGAUAUCUAAGUCACGUCAACGCUUGGUUCUUGUGCUCCGUUGGGAAAGAAUUUCCAACAUCCAGAAUUACUAAAGAUUUGAAGAUUUCGAUAACAUUAGAGCAACUUUUCAGCGAGAUGAGUGGAUGGAUGGCUAAAAAUACAUGGAUUUUGUGAGCUGCUGUUUGUUAAUUUAGAAAUAUACGUCCUUGGCGACAACAGACGCACAUCUGAUACCUCAGGGAUGAUGAAUAAGUGUCAAAACUUUAAGUAGACAUCACUGAGAGAACACCACGAGUAUUUGCUUCAUGCAGUAGAAACUAUUAUCCGAAAAAAAUGGCAGAAAUCCCCCAAGAACAGGAAAGUGAAAUAAGUUCACAGAGUAAUGAAAUCGAAAUGCGAACCAUUGAGCUAGAAGUCGUGCUUUCAAAGAUUGUAUUCCAUGCUUCUUGUAGUGCUGAUGACCUAGAUUUAGACGUGCCCGGCUGCUCAACAAAACAUCUUUCUAGCCCAGCAAAGAUAGAAUUCAUGGAAGAACCAAGCAGCGAGUCUAAAUGUCCCAAGACUAGAAAGUUUAAGAAUAUUGCUCUACCUCACUGGCUCAUCAAGCCACACGUUGUCAAGCAGAGGUCUCACGAUGAAGGAUUGUUUCGCAAACAUCUGCAAGGUAAAAAACGAAUAUUUCGAACAAACUCUGCUCCGAAAACCCUUGGAACUUCUAGUUCAUUGAAACUUGGAUUAAGAGAACAACAAUAUAAUACAAUAUUAGAGACGAAAGAAGAGGGACUCGCUACGCCAGAAAACUUUCACGAGCCGCCUAAAAAUCCUGUCAUGAAAAGACAGCCUACCGAAGAUGUUAAGGAGAAAUCCAAGAAAAAAUCUUGGGGCAGAAGGGCUUCGCUUCCCAGUCAUGUUGGUAACAAUUUUAAUGAGAUCGAAGUUAAUGAAUCAACUCAACAAAUAGCAAGUUCACUGACCCCGAAAGCCGAGAGAAAACAAUUUAAUUCGCAAGACAAAUUGGAAAAGGACGUACUAAAAGCUUUGCUGUUUGGGAGGUCAAACACGGGCAUUACUACUGAAAACCGAACUGUCAAUCCAGAAUCAAAGAAAUCCCAGUCAACAGACACUAACCAUGAAGAUGAUACAAGCAUUGAAGACGGUCAAAAUACUGACAGCGAUCGCCAUAGCAACGUGAAACAAACCCCUCGCUUGCAACUUCACCGCCUCGAGAGCCCGGAUUUAUUUUUUGUCCCCGUUUCUGAAGAAGAAAGUGAUACAACAGUGUCUUUGGACAGGAAGAUUUCCAGCUCUGCAGGCGAGCUUUGUACUGCCACUAAAAUCGAUAGCGAAGUGGUGGAACUGAAUGGGCUCAUUAAAACACUGAUCUGUCAGGAUUUGAAAAACUACCUUGAAGGGAAAGCAUUCACCUCAGAGUUAUGUCAGAAGUGGUGUCUUGACAUUAGUCAGAACAUCAAGACAGCGGUGCAGAAUUUCAUCGGUGAUAAUCAUAAACUAGUCUGUAAUGUGUAUAUUGCUGCUUUGCGAGGGAAAGGCAUUCAUUCUGCAGUGCAAUGCUUAUGGACUCCUGAUCAAGAUAACUUUGCGACGGCGAGUUAUAAGAACGACAGCUUGUAUGCAUUUGCAACUAUCAUCGCUACAAAGUACGAGUAGGAAUCAUGUCUAUCAUAUAGGUGGCUUUUUCAGAAUGCAAACUUGAUUUCUUUAUUCCUCCCUCCCCUGCGGCGGUGGAGGAGGUAAAGAAAGAUCUGCAUGAUCUCGGGGUGUUCUUUUUUUAUCGGCCUUCCCCUUCCUUCCUUCCUUCCUUCCUUCCUUCCUUCCUUCCUUCUUUCCUUCCUUUUCCUAAAUUAAUAUAUUGAUUUCUAAAUUAUGCCAUUAUGUCAUUAUUUUUCUUUCUUUUCUUUACUUUCUAUGAACUAUGAUAUUCGUCUUUAAUCUCUUGUCAUGAGAUUCUAUUCUACUGUUUUGGGUAAAAGUAAUUAAAACGAGAGAGGUACAAAAGGCAGAAUAAUUCACUAAAGCUACAGAUAGCCUACAGCCUGCAAUAGGCUGCUAUAUAUAGUCAUUGAUAUAUAUACUUGUAAUCAUAAAAAUGUCGCAGAGACUGAAAACUAAAACUGAUUUUUUGCUACAUUUUUUGCUCUCGCAGAGCAUAGCGGUCGCAAUUGUUGCAAGCCAGUCAUGUCUUAAGAAAAUUUCUCAUCCCGGCAGAAAACACAUGCACAUUCGCACAUUUUGUAUCAGAAGCCCGAUAAAGCUAUGCGACGGUAAGAGAAUCAAAUAUGUAUGGUCUAAAAGAUAACGGUAGAGCUGUUAAGCAAAAUAAGACACAUUGGCUAUUAAAAAAAGAUUGAUAAUCUACUAAAACUAUUAAUUCUCGUAUCGCGAGACGUUUGUAGGCUGUGAUAAGAUAAGAACCCUUAACAAAACGAGCGUAUAGAUCUUCUCGUCCAUUCCACAGAAGCAAGAGGUCUGAUAAAUUCCCGAGAGAUUGCGACAAGCUCGGAUUUAUUUGAUAUUUUCCACUUCAAUAAAGAUCCCAAAGUUCAAAGCUCUUAGGUCUAUGGAAUGACAGGAAUGGUUGUUAAUUGACUGUAGUGGACGUCUGUGCAAGAUUAAAACGGCACUUAAGGAGCUAGUUACAUGAUGGAGUGCUUGAGUGUGACCAGUAGUGUUGAUUGUGUGUAUAACCUUACCAAAAAUACCAGUGAUCUUCAACUUAAUCACCAUGUUUGUUUAUAACAUUAACUUCUCAGUUUCAAAUUGUCUGCUGCUCAGGGCUAGCCUCGAUUUUGUGAAGAAUAUUAAGGUGUUCCAGUGAAGGUCCGUGGAAUUUUAAAAGUGUAUGAGUUCCUGAGUUUGGGAACUGAAUUUGGGGUAAGCCUGUGUAAAUGAGUCUGUUAUCAAGGAACACAGCGGUUAGCCUUAAAAGGGUCUAUUCCUUUGAGAAUUUUGUUUUUCGUUCAUACACACUAAUUUCUUCUCGAACAUUUACUGCUACGUACUGGCAAAGGAAAUAAUACUCAAGGGAUUGCGUGAACAGUAUUUAAUCAUGGAAAUGGCUGUUUUAAUAAACAAAUGUUAACACAGUAAUACCAUUAGCAUUUUUAGGUUAAACCAGAUUUUUGAUGGAGAAUAUGUUCGUACUUUUAAGUUAAUCUGUCCAAAA